AUGCCGUCGAGCACAGGAGUAGAGUCGAGGACCAUGAGAAAGACGUUAUUGCUGUGUUUCAUCCACGGCUUCAAGGGUGGAGAUGAAACAUUCAGAACCUUCCCGAGCCACGUGAAGGCGCUCCUCCAGCAUGCGCUGCCCAAAGUCACCGUCCUGACCAUCACGUACCCCCAGUUCGAGACGCGAGGCGACCUGCACGAGUGCGUCGGCCGCUUCAAAGAAUGGCUACAGAACAAAGUCAUAGACCUCGAGGUCGCCAACUCGACGCCGUCGCCCACCGUCGACCCUUCUGUGCGCACGAUUCUCGUAGGCCAUUCUAUGGGCGGCAUCGUUGCGGCUGAGACGCUCCUCUCCAUCCUCGCUGAACAGCCGAUCCAUUCGCAGUCCAAUUCGCAGACCGGCUCUACGGGCUCGCUUGCCGACCAUUCGGCGCUCAUGUUCCCGUACAUACAGGGCAUCCUCGCUUUCGAUACACCAUACCUCGGUAUAGCGCCUGGCGUAGUGGCACAUGGCGCGGAGAAGCAUUGGAACACCGCGAGCUCGGCAUACUCAGCGUAUAACAACCUCGCAGGCGCGUUUGGAUGGGGCGGCAAGGACACUGCGGCUGGUGCCGUCGAUACGAGCAAGAUGCUUCCGGCACCCUCGUCUACUGGCGACGCAGCAUCGGCACCGCUGUGGCAGCGCUACGGAAAGGUAGCCAUGUUUGCUGGUGCAGCGGGCGCAAUAGCAGCAGGGGGUGCGGCAGCCUACAUGAAGAAAGACCAGAUCACUCAAGGCGUAUCAUGGGCUACAUCACAUCUGGAAUUCGUCGGAGUCCUCGCUCGUCCCGAAGAGAUGCGGAAGCGACUCGAGAAGAUUGCCAAGCUCACCACGAGCCACGAUCUUGGCUUCUGCAAUAUGCACACCACGCUCGGUCAUGCCGUUAACAGCGAGAACAAGGAACACGGUUGGACGGGCAAAGUCGCAGGCAAAGACCGUACCUUCUGCAACCUACCCAAAGGCCCUCUCAAGGACUUCUUCAUGCCCGCCGUGAACGACAAAGCUACAGCAGAGACCUGGGCCCACACCUCCAUGUUCGAGCCCCGCAACAACCCCGGCUACUACACCCUCAGCGAGACAGCCAAGGAGAAGAUCAUCGAGUGGACAGAGAGCACAGACUGGUACGAAGAGAGCGAGGGCCCGUUGACGGGCGAGGUCGGUGAAGAAGCAGAGAUUGUAGAGAGACAAGAGGUAGAUGAGCAGAUGCAGAAGGAGGCUGAUAGGAAGGAAGCGGAGGAAUUGCAAAAGGCGAAGGAGAAGGGUGAUGUUGAUGCGCUGGAGGAUGAGGGCGAGUUUGUGGAUUUGAAGAAGACGGGUGAGGUUAAGGAGGGGGAUGAGGAGGCGAGGAAGAGGAGGGAGUUGUGA